AUGUUUUUUUUGUUCGCAAGCUUAGUGCGAAGGGGCAUUCCAAGAGUGCUUGUUUCUGCACUGUCGUGGCUGUGCAAUCCGGAUCCGUUUCAAGGUCACAAGGCCUCUAUCCACAUCUGGGAAAGUCUAGUUAGUUCUGUACCCGUGAGUUUGUCCAGCCUCAGUGUCCUGUAUACAUCAUUUCCGGAACAUCAUAUUACGUAUUGUGCCCUGCCCGAAGUUUUCCGCCAGGUGAAGUACGGCGGGAUUGUGGAUGCUGUUGUUCUGCGCUGGCCUGAUGGGCGCUCCCGUGGCUUUGGCUACGUCACGUUCUCCGAGGUGCAAGGUGCCCAGGCGGCUCUGAACGAUGCGCACCAGAUUGGGGGCCGACAAGUGGACGUCAAGAGGGCUGUGCCUGGCACGAACAAGCUCUUUGUCGGGGGCUUGCCGCAGAACACUGCUGCAGCUGAGCUGCGAGAGCACUUCGAGGCAUUUGGAACCGUGUCUGACGCGGUGGUUAUGAUUGAUCCGGCUACCAACCGCUCCCGUGGGUUUGGCUUCGUUUGCUUCCUGCCGGGCCAGGAGGGUGCUGCUUCUGCGGCCUUUGCUCUGGAGCAGUACGAGCACCAUCGGAUUCGUGGCAAGUGGAUUGAGGUAAAGAGUGCGGCACCUCCACACAAGCUGGCCAAGGAUGGCGCCGCCUCGUCGCCCUCAGCGGCUUCAGAGUCAGGUGGUCCUCCUCAGCUGUGUCUGUCCUCGCCCGCAGCCUCUCCCACCGCCAGUCCUUUGGCAGGAAGCCCACAAUCGUCCACGUCUGCUGCCACUCCACAGGUGAUGUCUUUAGCGCAGGCACUGCGCAUGCCCCUUAAGGGCCAGAGCCCCACGGCCGGGCCACAAGCCCAGGAGCGGCCGGUGGCCUCUCCGCAGCACCGCAACCGAACGGUGCGCAACCUUGGCCUGCCCUCGAAGUCGCUGGAGCCGCAGAAGGUGAUGCUUCCUGGCGCGGUGGGCAGCCCACCGGGACUCGGCGCCACAGCUGCAGCUGCCUUGGCCGCCAUGCGUGCCUUGGGGUCGCCGCCGGGCCUGGAGGUCGACGAAGCCGAGGAAGGCGAGGAAGGCCUGGAGGCCGAGGACCUCGAAGAGGCCGAGGAAGAGUCUGCAGGAGAUGCCACGCCCGUGAUCAACGCAGCAUCCCCCGAGAGCCGCCUUGCACUGUCUCCCACGGUCGCUGGCCGUGAGUCGGAUGUGGAGGGCGACUCACACAAGCUGGGCGAACGGAACACCGUGGACUUCUCCAACAGCUUCGAGUUGCACAGGAGCUUGGAGCAGCUCAUCCGUUUGCGAGCCGAGGGGGCCGAGACCUCCAGCCCCAGGCUCCUGCUUCCCGUAGAUCGAGCAGGGGUCGAGCUGCGGCUUCCACCGCGCAGGCUCAAAGAAUUGGACAUGGCUGUCCCUUACCUUGCCUACUGCAUGGGUCAGCCGAGAACCGUAGCAGAAAGGGCUUCACUUUUGUUGUAG